AUGCCCGGUGGAGGAGGAAUGUUCCCGGGUGGAGGAGGAAUGUUCCAGGGUGGAGGUUUUGGGCAAGGUGGAUUUGGACAAAUGUUGGAAGGUGGUUUAUCUUCUAUGAUGCAUGGCGGUGGUGGCUUCCCUAUGGGCGGUUUCAUGAAUCAAAUGGGAGGUGGCGGUGGUUUUCCAAUGGGAGGUGGCGGUGGUUUCCCAAUGGGCGGUGGCGGGAGUUUUCCAAUGGGUGGUGGCGGCGGGUUUGAACAGCAAUUAAUAGGCGGGUUCGCAAAUCAGUUGAUGCACCGCUUUUUGUAG